CGAUGAUGACAUUUUUGUCAGUGAUGAACCCACCAAACGGGAAAUAUCUCGAGGCGCAGAACAGUGUGAACUCUAUUUUUGCUUCGUCUCCGCGUGUCUGUCAUGGACAGAUUCUUUUCAAGCACACACGAUCCAGCACAAAUUUUAUACGAUUCGAACGAUGACGAUGAUUCCCAAGGCAGCACAACUGAAUCGUUGCAAAGUUGGAUCACCUGGUUCUGCUCGUUACCUGGACACGAGUUUUAUGUUGAAGUGCCCGAGGAUUUUAUUGAAGACGACUUUAACUUGACCGGGCUCAGUGCUCUCGUACCCUAUUACAACGAUGCGCUGGAAAUGGUGCUCGAUCUCGAAUACGACGAACAUCUCGACGAACUCGAGUAUCACGGCGAGGACGAUUUUGACGACGAUACCGACGAGGAGGAUCAGAAUAACAACAAAGAUGCAGACGACGGGUUUUGGAAAGAAGGAUAUCAUAAACUUCGAAGACGUGGUAAUUCCGUCAAUCUACGCAUUAUCGAACCCUAUGCUGUCAUGCUUUACGGGUUGAUCCAUCAACGAUAUUUGUUAACUCGCGACGGACAACGCAUCAUGGCAGAACGAUAUAUUGCUGGUCAAUUUGGUGGUUGUCCGAGAUACUAUUGUAACAACUGUCCCGUAUUACCUUGCGGUCGCUAUGACGAAACAGGAAGGGAGAGUGUUCGGAUGUAUUGCCCAAAUUGUUUCGAUCUGUACAGUCCUCCCGCUUCAAUACAUCAUUGCAUUGACGGCGCUCAUUUUGGCACAUCAUAUCAUCAUCUCUUAUUGUUAAAUUUUUCGGAAUUACCGACCAUGAAAAACCACAUCUAUCAGCCUCGCAUCUUUGGUUUCAGAGUCAAUGAAAAAUCCCGAGCUGGUCCUCGAAUGCAGUGGAUACGAAUGCGUCCACCGCUCACCAUCGAUUAUGAGGAUGAGGAUGAGGAUGAAGAUGAAGAAGACGACGACGAUGAAGAGGAAGAUGAACAAGUCCACGACAACAAGUUUCGAAAUGUAAAUAGUACGGAAAAACACAAUCACCAAACAUCAAGGGGUUUUUCUGGAAAGGAUCCUGCAAGUGUAGUAGUAACCAAGAACCAGGCAUCGUCAUCGCAACGCGUACCAGAACCGACCUCACCACAACCGGAAGAAGCUGAACGGAUAGCCAACUUGACACGCCAAACAGAAGGAUGGCGUAUCCGAGAUUCUAGCAUCAACAGUUUCUUCCGGCGGUGGUUGUAAACUGGGGCAUUGGGUGCGAAAUGAGAAUCUCAUGAUAAAUUAAUAAUCUCUGGUGUUUGGUUUAAAAAAAACGACCAAAUGCCAACGUUCUAUGUAUAUGAAAAUAAAGAAGAAACCCCAUUUUGUAUUAUUAUCCACAUGUCAUACAUUAGAUCUGUCAUUCCCCUCACUCCUCUUAGCUUUCAAGCCCAACCACUUCAAAAAGCUGACACAUUUUUUUCUAGUGUUUCUACUGUGCAUACAUGCCGUACUUUACAGUAAAGAUCACCAUCCCCCGAGGAGGCAAG